UCUACAGGACCGAUGUGAUUCAUCAUGAGCUGCUACUCGGGUUAAUUGUUCCAUGUGUUUGUAUAAACUUUACAUUUCUCAUUUAUAAACUUCUAUAAAAGAUGGAGUCUGUAGCGGAGUCACUCGGUGAGGAGCAGGAAGUCAGGAAUGGAGAGACUUUAAAGGAGGAAGAGGAGGAUGACAAAGAGGAACCUCAACAUGUUUCAGCUCCUGAAGAGCUUCUCCUGAAGUUGAACUCUACAGACCGGUUGUAUCCUGAGUCCUACAGGAUCAACUCCCCCGAUGAGAGUCGACUGUUGGACAUCGCCGACAACUUACAGCGUCAGUAUUCACAUUUGCAUCCCAACCGCAAACCUCUGCUGCUCUGCCCGACCAACGAAUGUGGUGUUAAGAAGUUUGUGUCCACGACUCUUCGGCCCACGACCACAGAACACCCCGAACUCUUCAGCUGGCCGGGCUGUGCCUCCUUUGUGGCUGACUUCCUGUCUCUGGAGCCGUUGGAGCCGCCGGUGAACCUGCCCAGCUUCCUGUUGUCCUCCAGCUUGGUGCUGCAGAGUCAGAGAGCCACGUGUCUCGACUUCUCCACGCUGCUCUGCAGCCUGCUGCUCGGCGCCAACUACGACGCCUACUGCGUCAGCGGCUACGCCGUCAGAGAGAUGUGUCUGCUGGACCAAAGCCGGCUGCACUGCCCCCUGCUGGACACCCAGGUCAAGAGUGAGAUCCACGAGCAGGAGCCUCACGAGAAUAAAUACUCAGUGAAACCUCCGAAGGAGCUGAAGAGUCAAUUUUUGAUGCAGCAAGAGGAGAAGAAGCAGGACGAGGAGGCCGCGUUGCUCCAGAAGCAAAAACUACAGGAGGAGAGCGAGCAGCGACCCGCUGACCCCCUGCAUGGUCUGCGGGUGCACUGUUGGGUUCUGGUGCUGUCGGGGAGCCGGAGCAUCCAGGAGAACUUCUUCAUCGACCCGCUGACCGGGAACCGCUACGCCACCAACGACGACCACUUCCUGGGAGUCGAGAGCACCUGGAACAACUUCAACUACUACGUCAACAUGCAGGACUGCAGGAACGGCUGCGCUGAUAUGGUCUACGACCUGGAGGAUCUGAAGACGUGGGAGCCGGUCCUGUACGGAGGAACCAGCAAGAAACAGCUGAUGCUUGAUGUCUUGAAGAAAAAAAAGACAAUGAGCAAAGUCAUCAACGAUCAGGAGGAGGAGGAGAAGCUCCGUGUUUUUGAGAUGCCACGAUCCUGGGUCAGUUACAUCAACAUCUCAAAGGAAGCCCUGGAGAGCCGCUGGCCGGGCCGACAGAACGAGACCCACUACAGGAGAGCAAAGCUGCAGCAGUUUGCUCCGUACCUGAAGUCAGACGGCCUGGUUCAGAGACUGACCGCAUACCAAGACCUGGACUGUGAGUGUGUAGCCAAGAGACAGACACUUAAGGACAAAAAUGUCCUGUUGAAACCAGGAGACAACCUCCGGUUCUUUAAAGUGAAGCCCAAGCUUCAUGUGUUAAAGCUGCAUUCUCUCUAG